UAAACCGUCAUUUUCUCCUUAAAAUCUGUUUAAGCCGUGUAAACUACGUGCAGCAAUAAUUUUAACAAACUUCAUUAUUCUCCUCUCAACUCUCAACGAGAUUGACGUGAGCAACAUAGGCCCCGCCGCCCAAUCACUCCCACUACUAGUCUCUGCUUUCCUUUCUAAAUAAACCCAAAUCUCUCACUAUUCAGUCUAAAACAAACACACACAAACCUCUCUAUUUCUCUUUCUGAAUCCAGCUCUCUGAUCUGAGGUCUGGAUUCUCAAACAAUGGCCUUUAACCCUUUCAUCUUCGUUGUUCUCACCGUCUCUCUCUUCCCUUCCUUCACUCUCUCUCGCACCUUGUUGUCAGAGACUACCACUCACACUGUCCUUGAUGUCUCUGCUUCACUCCAACAAGCCCAAGCUGUCCUCAACUUCGACCCUCAAACACUUCAAACCUCAGACCAACAACAACAACUAGAAGAAGAAGUGCAAACUCUCACAUACCCAAAUGCCUCUUACUUCUCAGUUCAACUUCACCCACGAGGGAGACUCUACAAAACCCCACACAAGGACUACAAAACCCUCGUCCUCUCUCGUCUCAAGCGCGACACGGCCCGUGUCAACUCGCUCACCACCAAGCUCCAGCUCGCCCUCCAUGGCGUCAAGAAGUCGGAUCUCCUGCCCGUGCAAACGGAGCUCCAACCCGAGGACUUGUCUACUCCUAUCGUCUCCGGCGUGAGCCAAGGCAGCGGCGAGUACUUCUCCCGUAUCGGUGUCGGAAAGCCAUCAAAGCCUUUCUACAUGGUCCUCGACACGGGAAGUGACGUCAACUGGCUCCAGUGUCAGCCUUGCUCCGACUGUUACCAGCAAUCCGACCCGAUCUUCAACCCGAGUGACUCCACCUCCUACAACCCACUCUCCUGCGCGUCCUCACAAUGCAGCUCGCUCGACGUGUCCGCGUGUCGCUCCAACAAGUGCCUUUACCAAGUGUCCUACGGAGACGGGUCCUUCACAGUCGGCGACUUCGUCACCGAAACGCUGUCGUUCGGAAACUCCGGCUCCAUAAACACCAUCGCUUUGGGUUGCGGACACGACAACGAGGGACUCUUCGUAGGUGCCGCAGGUUUACUCGGACUCGGUGGGGGCUCACUUUCACUCCCCUCACAGACCAAAGCGUCGUCGUUUUCUUACUGCCUAGUAGAUCGUGACUCGGGACGAUCCUCGACUCUCGAGUUCAACUCGGCCCCGCCCGCCGACUCAGUCACCACCAGUCUCCUCAAGAACAGCAAACUCGACACGUUCUACUACGUCGGACUCGCGGGUAUGAGCGUCGGAGGCCAAGCCGUUUCGAUCCCAACCUCGCUGUUCCAGCUCGACGCGUCGGGAAACGGUGGGAUCAUCGUCGACUCGGGCACCGCCAUAACUCGGCUGCAAACUCAGGCCUACAACUCGCUCCGCGACGCGUUCGUCAAGCUCACUCAGCACUUGCCGUCCGCAAGCGGAGUCGCUCUGUUCGACACGUGUUACGAUCUAUCGUCGCUGAGGUCCGUGAAGGUCCCAACGGUGUCGUUUAAGUUCUCGGAUGGGAAGUCUCUGCAGCUGCCAGCUAAGAAUUAUUUGAUUCCGGUGGACUCGUCUGGGACCUUCUGCUUUGCUUUCGCUCCAACGACGUCGUCUUUGUCUAUUGUUGGGAACGUGCAGCAACAGGGGACACGUGUCAGCUUCGAUUUGGCAAACUCAAAGGUGGCUUUUUCGCCGAAUAAAUGUUAGUAGGUGUAAAACAGUGAAUGUUUUCAUUGAAAAAAAACAAAAAAACAAAAAAAACAAAAAACAGGUAGUGGUUCUUUUAAAAAUGGUAGUGUAAUUUACGUUUUUACCCCUGAAAAAUGAGUGGUCUGAUAUAUUGUGAUAUUUUUAGUAUCUAGCAAAGUAAAAUCUGAAAUGCAAUGCUGUAGUAUAAAGUAGUUGUGUGGCUGAAAAGUGGAGCCCAUUUAAAUAAAUUCCAAAGGAGCUUUGGUUGGUGUGGUUCAUAAA